UAUCCAAUUACUCAAUUACUAAAAUAUUCGUUUACAACAGCCCUAAAAGAAACAGACAGGGGGACAUGUCCGUCCUGCAGCAGCAGAACCAGAACCGGGCCUGGACUCCACAGUUUGCUGUUAAAUCUUUUCUGUGACAUUUUCUCCUACUGCUCUCCAGCUGUGUUACCUGCAGCUUUCAGCUCACCUUGUUUUACUCCUUAGCUGCACCGAUCAUUAAAAAGCCUGAGCUACCGGUCCUGAUUUUGGCUCAUACCAAUUAUUUUUGCCUGACAUUUUACUGACUAAAGCAAGAAAGUGUGUGAGCUGGUAACAGUGGGGGGCAGACAUGAGCUGGUGGGCGGGGCUAGCAGGAAACCUCACAGGAGGAGGCCGACUGUUAGACCUGUGAUCAGGUGACAUGGAAGUAUCAGCUCAUCACUGAUCUCCCAAAAUUAAAGAAAUCGCUGCCGAUCGAUCGGCACACCCCUACUUUAUCUACAUUGUGCUGUUGGCUCUGUUGGUUGGUUCCUGAUGGUAUUUUCUGUUCUUGCAGUAGAGAAAACGCCCGACUCAGCGGUUUCUGCUGGCUGUGGGUCCGGUUCGCCUGCGGUUCUGAUCCUGCAGGUCGAGUUCAGAUUAGCGUCCCGGUGUAGCCUAGCUGACAUCACUUCCUGUCCUGCCGGUCCUGAUCGCUGCACGCUGACUCAGAACCAGGAGCGCUAUUAAACAGAACCGGCUGAAGCCGCAGUGUUUCCUCUGACGCUUUUAUGCACAUUUUGAGGUUUUGCAUUAGAAAUAACUUCCUCUGUUUCACAAUAACAAAGUUUUUGGUUCGCCUGAGGUUCUGAAAAAAGAAUCGACGCUGCAGCAGAGAGAAUAGAUUGACUCCAUCUUUGAGGCGUGUGCUACAUGCUAGUUAGCCACAUGGAAAAACGGCUCAUUUGCUUUUUUUGUAACAUUUUAGACGUUAAAGUUUAAAGUUUCCUGAUAAGUAGAUGGAAACAUAAUGUUCAUAAUGGAGGUUGGGCCUAGUUAAAGUCUGGGCUUAAAACUGACUGUGAUGGUGCAGGAUGAGCUGCAGCAGGAAAAGCAUCUAGAGUCAGACUGGUUGAUUGAUUGAUUGAUUGGUUGGUUGAUUGGUUUUUGUGGUUUUCGUGAUAAAUUGGAUCUUUGAAGCGUCUCAGGAGGCUGAGCCGCGCCGACGCUUCGCCUCAUUUCCUGGUUGCCUCUGCAGAGCGUGACCUAGAAAAUCUGCAGCCAGGUUCGAAGCUCAGCGUUUCAUCCUGAGGAGCGCCUGAAACUGGGUCGGCCCGCGGGCCUCGUCAGCCGGGUCGCUGCGGUUUACAGAGGAGGAUCAAACGCUCUCAGGUGGUGACAUCACAGCGAGGCGCAUAAAACACCCGGCUGUUUACACCGGACCAUCAGAACCGGGCAGGACGCCGCAGACGCACAUCUCCAUCCUGACCUCCAGCUGAGCCCUGGGAACCCAGCAGAACAGAACCGGACCAAUCAGAGACAAACAGAACCAGCAUGUUUCCAGCAGCUAACAGCUCCAGAGUGACGGUCAUCGGUGCCGUUGUCAUGGUAACAAUGUUGAUGAUGGCGGAGGCGGCGUCGAAGCACCCCAGGAAACGCUCCGACGACUCAGUGGAGCAAACUGUGUCUCUGCAACUGGACCCGGCCCUGCUGCUGCCCAGCAGGAACCCGCGGCCGCUGCACAACGCCUCCAUCUCGCCCUGGACCUACAAUACGUCCCAUGACGAGUCUCUGUUCCCGCCCACGCUGUCGGAGGCGCGCUGCCUGCUGAAGGGCUGCCUGGACCUGGAAGGGAAGGAGGACCAGAACCUGCAGUCCCGGCUCAUCUGGUACCAGGUGAUGGUUCUGAAGCGGGUCAGGACGGAGGGGGCGGAGCAUAGCUACCACUACCGCCUGGAAACCCGCAACAUCCCCGUGGGCUGCACCUGCGUCCGGCACAUGGUCCAUGUCCAGGAGUGAAACCGGGUCCAGAACCAGGUCCAGCAUCUCUGGUUCUGAGUCGCUGGCUUCUCUGAAGUUUUGCAUCAAAUUGUAUAAACUGACCACUAAGUCUGGCGUCAGGAGGCGUCCCGCCUCGUUGGUGCUUAUUUAAGUUUUAUUUAAUAGUUUGUGACCUUCAGCAGAUAUUUAUUAUUAUUACUGAUGUAUUUAUUAUCCAGAUCAAUAAAGUUCAGACACUGAAUGAUCCUGCUUCUUUAUUCUUUAAAAUAGAUUUCUGUACAACAUGUCCUUUAACUAGGCCAAUGGAUAAGAGCAGCUGCAUCCAUCCAUCAUCCAUCCAUCAUCCAUCCAUCAUUAUCCGUAUCAGGGUGUUUUCAGUUAUAGUCAGACAAUUUCAACAGAAUCUGAAGAAAUAAAGCUGGAUGGCACCGACCCGGGCCACCGACCCGGGCCUCUCUGUCUUGGUUCUCAUCUCAGUCUCUCAGGUUUUUCUACCUGUCUGGACUUGUUGGUCCCGAGUUUAUCUGAUUUAAUCUGAAUCUGGGUCAGAACCACCUCCAGGUCUGACUUUCGGGUCGGUUCAGGUUGGCGUUCUUUAGGCGGUACCAGCAGAGCAGAACAGCUCUGAUGGUUCUGUUAUGAACUUCAGUCCUAGCCAAUCAGAACUCAGGUGGUGUCUCCUGAUUGGUCCACAUUAGGAAGGAGUUCCUCUACCUGCAGGUGAACAUGUUCUCCUCUCUCUGUUGGGACCAGAACUGAAACCGGACCAGAAUCUUUGACUCUACCUCAGGCUGUUUGGGGCCCGGUUCUGGUUCUACUGGUAUCUCGGUCCUGAAGGCAGGAAUUGGACUCUAAUUCUUGGUUCUGAAAGCCGUUUGGUUUCAGUUGCACUUGCUGACAAUAACUUGGAACAAGGUGGUUCUGGUCUGUAAGCCGUUUGGAUCGCCGUCUUUUCUCCUGCAGGUUUUCAUCCUGACCAGAAUGGUCCAACUGGUUCUGCUUGGUUCUGGUUCUCAAACAGAACUGGGCCUGUACAGAUCUUGUGGUUCUAGCAGCAGGGUUCCUGAUUUUCUGCUGUUCUCAGAGGCGCCACUAGAUGUCACCAAGGAACCACAUCACAGUAAAAUGUCCAAACUGUCCAGCAGG